UAAAAGAAGAUUCAAGCGCAGCCUCCGAGGAGAGCGAGAGAAAGUGUUUCUUUUACUGUCUAUGGAGGAAGUUGAUUCCACCUGGAGCAACUUGACGUGACUUGUCAACGUUCGGAGAGAACCGAGUCAGACCACAAAAUGAGGCGCAAAGAGAAGAGAUUGCUGCAGUUUGCUGGUUUGCUUAUUGCAGCCCUUCUUUUUUUGCCUAACGUGGGGUUGUGGUCUUUAUAUCGAGACCGAAUGUUUGAAAACUCGCCCGAAAUAGUUGAAAGACCGGGCGACAUCUCCUCCCACAUGCAGCAGGCGUUGCGGAGGGACGGACUGCGGAGGAAAGACUGGCACGAUUAUGAGACCAUCAGAAGGGACGCAGCACGGACAGGUAAUGGAGAACAGGGUAAACCAUUUCCCCUGACUGAUGCGGAUCGUGUGGAUCUGGCGUACCGUGAGAAUGGCUUCAAUAUUUACGUCAGCGACAGAAUAUCACUCAACAGAUCGGUACCUGACAUCCGACAUCCAAACUGUAAGACUAAACUGUACUCUGAGAAGCUUCCAAACACCAGUGUUGUGAUCCCCUUCCAUAACGAGGGAUGGUCAUCGCUGCUCAGGACUGUCCAUAGCAUUCUCAAUCGGUCACCUCCACAGCUCAUCGCAGAGAUCAUUCUGGUGGAUGACUUCAGCGAUAAAGAGCAUCUGAAGUCUUCUCUAGAGGACUACAUGGCUCGGCUGCCAAAGGUCCGCAUCCUGCGCACCAAGAAACGGGAAGGACUGAUCCGGACACGUCUGCUUGGGGCGGCUGCGGCCAAGGGUGAAGUCCUCACCUUCCUGGACUCACACUGCGAGGCCAACGUGAACUGGUUGCCCCCUCUGCUUGACCGUAUUGCCCAGAACCGCAAGACGAUCGUGUGCCCGAUGAUCGAUGUGAUCGACCACGAUAACUUUGGCUACGAGACGCAGGCCGGGGAUGCCAUGCGCGGGGCGUUUGACUGGGAGAUGUACUACAAGCGCAUCCCCAUCCCCUCAAAGCUGCAGAACAGCGACACCAGUGAGCCCUUUGAGUCCCCUGUGAUGGCUGGCGGUCUGUUUGCUGUGGACAGGAAGUGGUUCUGGGAGCUGGGAGGAUAUGACACGGGACUAGAAAUCUGGGGAGGCGAGCAGUAUGAGAUCUCAUUCAAGGUGUGGAUGUGUGGGGGUCGAAUGGAGGACAUCCCCUGCUCUAGAGUUGGACACAUCUACAGGAAAUAUGUGCCAUACAAGGUUCCCGGAGGUGUCAGCCUAGCCAAAAACCUGAAGCGUGUGGCUGAGGUGUGGAUGGACGAGUAUGCGGAGUACAUCUACCAGCGCCGGCCAGAGUACCGACACCUCUCUCCCGGAGACACCACCGCCCAGAAGGAGCUGCGCUCACGGCUGCACUGCAAGAACUUCAAAUGGUUCAUGACGGAGGUGGCAUGGGACCUGGCCCUCCACUACCCACCUGUGGAACCGCCCGCUGCAGCCUGGGGACAGCUGAAGAACGUGGGCUCUGGCUUGUGUAUGGAGACCAAGCACUUUGCCUCUGGCUCACCUGUGCACCUGGAGGUGUGUGGGAAAGGACACGGAGACUCCAGCUGGACCCACGGACAGGUGUUCACGUUUGGCUGGCGUGAGGACAUUCGUGUGGGCGACCCGCUGCACACCAAGAAGGUCUGCUUCGACGCCAUCUCCCACAACAGCCCCGUCACGCUCUACGACUGCCACGGCAUGAAGGGCAACCAGCACUGGCGCUACAGGAAGGAUAAGAGUCUGUAUCACCCCAUCAGUAACAGCUGCGUAGAGAGCAACGCUGCUGAGAAGCGCGUGUUCAUGAACACCUGUGACCCCCUCGCUCCCAGCCAGCACUGGCAGUUUGAGAAGACCAACUCCUCCGUGCUCGAGCGCUUCAACCUCAACCAGCACUGACUAGAACUGAUUGACCAGGACUGACAUGACCAACCAGCAAUACAAAGUAGUGCCGAGCGAGACAGUGGACAACACAAUGGGGACGGGGGAGUGAUGGACAGGGCGUGUUCAUUAAGCGAAGACACCAAGUAGGAUUGGUGAAUAAUGGACACUGCUCCGGCUCGCCCAAUCGGAUCCUCCCAUCUCCUCUGACACGGUCGGGCGCUGGCUUUUCCACUCGGGUUUGUCCCGUGUGUGUGUGUGUGUGUGUGUGGCUCUUCCCCCUGAUUUGGUCUCUCGGCUUCAUCUCCAUGGAUGUGUCCCUCAACAUGUGGUCCUGCCGUUUCCUUCUUCUUUUCGAGGAGAAGACACUUUUUUUGAUCACGGUUUCUCCUCCAUGGCCCCAAGACCAUCUUUUGAUUUCCUUGUUGUUGUUUUCUGCUACCUUGUCCAUCCUAGUGUGUCAGUAUUGAUUGACCACACAGAAGGUGGGCAUUGUGUACAGUGGAUGUCAAGGUUUUUCUCUUCAUUUUCGCUAACCUUUCCUUUCCUACAGUAUGUGUUCCUUCCAUGCAGUAACCCAGCCCAGAUGCCAACAUGUGAGUUUGAGGCCCUCAUAGUGGCCUGAAAGGGUGUUUGUCUCUCCUUUUAUUUACUUUACUUCUUUCUUCCCUUCCUUCCUUAUUCCCUCCAUUUUCUCUCUCUUUCCCAAACAACAUGGCGGUCAGCACCACAGAAAUGGGGCACAGAACAGUCUAGAAAAAUGAGGAUGGACGUCAUACUGUAUCUCCAUCAGGUCUUGAGCCUUUAAGGUUUUUAAAUGGCUAGUGAGGUAGAAUGAAGCCACAGUGCCUUACAGCUUAUAAACGGCUUCAGCAAGUAUGCUUUCCUCUGCAGUGGAGCACACAAGGUGUCUGUGUGUGUGUGUCUGUGUGUGUGUGUGUGUGUGUGUGUGUGUGUGUCUUGCUUUAUUGAGUUUAGAGGGUCUACAUUGGUAAGAAACACUGGCUGCAUCUCUUUAUAGAAACCAAAUUGGUUAUGGAAAGAGAUUGUCGAGCGAUCUUGGAGAGACAUAUGGUGGGGCAAAAUGCAAAAUGGAGAUCAGUGUCAAAUUGAUGCAAAUCCUCUAGCUGGUUUAAGUUUUAAUUCAGCAUAUGGAGAAGACCUCAGACAAAAAUAGUUUUAUAGAUCUGUAUCUUCUUUCCUCAGCUGUGCACAUUCAAAAAUGUUAAGGUACAGUUAUCCUUCAAGUGGAGAAGAUGGAAACUAAACUGGCAUAUAUUUUUUUGGUAGAAACUUACUAUAUACAGCCUGAGAACAUGGAAUUCACAGAAAGAACUCGUAAUUUUUUAAGAAUUUGAUGGGUUAUUACAUUAUACAUGUAAAUUAAACAAACAGUGCAGUGGAGUGACAAAAAGACUUUUAAAAUCCUGUAUACCACUGGAAUAAUUGUAAAUUAUAUUAAUACAAUAAAUGUUAGAUUAUUUUGUCUUUUGAAUUAUGGAUGGUGACUUGCUUCCCAUUUGUCCUCAAAAUCAUAUGCUAAUUCUUCCAGUUUUAUUAGAGCAAGGACAAUAAUGGCCACUUCAGAUGCAGAAUGAGAUAAUUAAUUAUCUAUUUAUACAAACAUAUUGUUUACAAGAUGGCAUUAUCACUUUAUUUGAUUCAGAAUUAAACAUGUGGGUUUAUUCACAAUACAUCCGGUUGGUUUUGGUAAGCACAGGACAUUCUUGUCAAGAUUUUAAUGUAUUAACGUGUCUUUGUUUUCUAAUACAUUAUAAUGUAUAAGUUGUAAACAUUUGAAGACUUUGACUACAAUAAUUUGAAUACCUUUAGACAUCGCACCCCAGGUUGGCCAUUAGAUUUAAUGGAUGGAACACACAACUAUGUUCUUUGCAGAAAUUGGACAAAAA